AUGUUAUCCGCAAUUUUCCUGAUUAUCAACUCGUUGGUGACUGUUUCAGGAUAUUGUGUUAAUUUAUUCCUCCUCCACGUGGCAAUAUUUCAUAGUCCGUCUAUUAUAAGAACAUUCUCAAUUGUCAUUAUUAACAUGGCAUUCACUAAUUUUGGAGCAUGUCUUAGUGGAUUUCUGAUUGGACAACGAGUUAUUCCAGCUGGGAAACAAUUAUUUUAUAUUUCCUAUGGAAUUUGCUCAAAUUUAGGAGAACAGUUUUGUUUUGAUAUAUUCGGAGCCCUUCUACAUUUCCACACUCAUGCUCUUUGUCUCAUUUUUCUAUCUUUUGCAUACCGUUUUUAUGUGAUGAAACAUCAAGAGAUCUCCCGAUGUAUUCUUCAAGUUCUCAUAUUUCUCAUCUACAUUCCAUCAUUUAUACAAUUAAUUGCAAUGCUCUUUUUUCAAGAUACCAAUUUUGCAGAAAUUCGAAUUUUAUUCAUAGAAUCUCUUCCACAACACAACAUAACAGAUCUUACUGUAACUGGAGCUGUGGAUAUAUUUCAAUUCAGUACACCUAUUACAAUUGGAAUUCGUGUUUUAGAAAGGAAAAUAUUGAAAUUAUUGAUGUUAAGAAGAGUGGAUUUGUCACAGAAAACGAGAAACUUUGCACGCUCAAUUACUCCGGGUUAG